AUGACAGUAUUACAGUCGAAAACUCAGCAUGUCUCGACCACGCGGCAGGCCAUGUCAAAGGCGAGACUUACUAAUACAUCUUCGGCGCCACACAAACAAGCCUCCAUGAAGAAUGCGGUGCCAGUGUUUCCACUAGAGAUCUUCGAAUUGACGCUGGAUGAACUGCAUUCGCAGUCUGACCAUAAGGCGCUAUCCAUCUGCGCAGCCGUAUGUCGAGCAUUCGCCCACCGGUGCCGGGUGCAUCUUUUCCGUCGAAUGAAAAUCUCGACCACUGCGAUUAAAGCUCAUCUUAUACGUCUUUCCGGCCAGCCACAUGCGGCGCCCUACUUCAAGUAUGUGCGCAGCUUGUCUAUAAUGUGCAGCUGCACGCUCGAGGAUGUUGUGCAUCUAUCUGCCAUUAUGCCAAACGUCGAAGCCCUCGAGUUCGCUACAGGGAACGUGACGCCCGUCUGGUCAGCUCCUCCCACAUCAUUGGUGCUAUUUUCCACAAUUUCAACGCUUGACAUACGGUCUUGCACGUUUCCCUCGCUCGAAACACUCCAGCAGACAAUCGAUUCACUUCCCCAGCUUUCGACCCUAAAACUUCAGGGUGUCAGGUGGCAUGAUAGCGGCGCUCUCCCCAACUUCGCGCUAGGUCAAAAACUCCAUCUAACCAAACUCAUUCUCGAAUUCAUGGUCAGCCCUAACGCCACAUCGUUCCUGGAAUGGCUGCUUUGUACCCCUAUAGUGGAUACUAUCCGCGUUCUGGACAUUGCGGAUUGUGCAAUGUCCACUCCGGUUCUGUUGCACUUCCUCGCACGUGUGCAAAACUCGCUGGACAAGCUGAGCCUCCGCUUCCGCUCCCACAGCGAUUCAAACGUUCUCGAUGCUUGGCGCACUGCUGGACUACGGUUCAAGCUGACUUCGUUGGAUAUAGGUCUUGACGAACGUUUGACUACGCCAUGUCGGUUGGCCUUAUUGGUAAACAUCCUAGAGAAUUCGUUCUGCCAAGGACUCCGCCGGCUCCGGCUCCGUUUAGAUGCAUCCAUCGUUUCAGGCGGGAAAACGUGGGUUGAAGGAAACCUUGCCCUGUUGGAGGCUCUAGACGUAGUUCUGCAAAAGGAUCUCUUUCGUGAUCUUCACCGCUUUAACCUGGUGUUAGAGGGGAAGAUCCACAGCGACAUAGACCCACAAUCCGUUACGGAAUUAGUCAUGAAACAUCUUCCGAAUCUGCGAAAUCGCGCUGUUCUUGUCGAGAUCCAGGUGUAUGGCACUCUCUUCCAGCUGCAGUAG